GGGGCUGCAAAAAUUCAACGGCCACCCAAUUUCAUCAUUUUAGCCAACAAUGUAUGUUAAAUGCGAUCAAUAAAUUCAUGUAUCUGCCAUCUGUUCUCCUUUCCUCCUCUCUCUUCAUUAACUUAAUUAUUAUACUAGUAAUACUUUCUCUCUCUCUCUCACGCACUUUGUCUUUGCAACAUCACCACCAUACAUACAUACAUACAUGCCUUCCACAAGACUCAAACUCCACAGCAUGGGAUUCUCACGGUGGCUCAACCGCACCGUGGGCUUCAUCGUCUUCUUCGUCCUCGACAUUGUGGAUUUCUUGCUUUGCUUUACCUACAAGACCCUUGACUUCUUCUUCGAGUCAGAGUGGAAACCCUGCUACUGCUGUCCGCCCCCUGAGGCCAAGCCAACCGCGGCUGGGGGAAGCAGAGGCGGGAAGAUGAUAGUGUCAGAAAGAUCAGGAGAUUACUCAAAGGUGGUCUCACUGACAAGGACAAAGAUCCAUCUGGAUGAGAUCUCCGACACACUCUACUCACGCCCUUCACUCCUCACCAAGCUCACUAAGCUGGUGAAGUGCUUCAAGAAAGAUGCUGUGAAAUGUUAUGAUGAGUCCAAGAAGAGAAUACCAUCAACUAAAAAGACAAUACUGACAGUGAAUUCCACGGUGGUCGAGAAGUUGCAAAGAACACCAAGAUGGUCUGAUUGCCAUUGCACUUUCUGCACUUCUUGGCUUUCCUCUUCCAACCAUUCUCUCUUUGUCAAUGUCCAACAGCCCAAAGACAACAAGGCACAAGAGAACGUAGUGUUCAUACAUGGGUUCUUAUCAUCAUCAACGUUUUGGACAGAGACUCUGUUCCCAAACUUCUCAGACUCAGCCAAAUCUAGUUACAGGCUGCUCGCUGUGGAUCUGUUGGGUUACGGGAAAAGUCCAAAGCCCAACGAUUCAUUGUAUACAUUGAAAGAGCAUUUAGAGAUGAUAGAGCGAUCGGUGAUCUCUCAGUUCAGACUCAAGACAUUUCACGUAGUGGCUCAUUCCCUAGGCUGCAUUCUGGCUCUUGCGCUCGCGGUUAAACACCCAGGAGCCAUCAAGUCGCUUACUCUAUUGGCUCCUCCAUAUUAUUCGGUACCAAAGGGAGUGCAAGGGACGCAAUAUGUGAUGAGAAGAGUGGCGCCCAAGGAAGUGUGGCCUCCGAUGGCCUUUGGAGCCUCAGUGGCCAGCUGGUACGAGCACAUUAGCCGCACCGUCAGUCUAGUCCUUUGCAAGAACCACCACUUGUUAGAAUUUCUCACCAGGCUACUCACCGGAAACAGGAUGAGAACGUACUUGAUAGAAGGGUUUUUGUGUCACACACACAACGCGUCGUGGCACACACUACACAACAUCAUCUUCGGGUCAGGGAGCAAAGUAGAGGCUUAUCUGGACCAUAUCCGUGACAACGUGGACUGUGACGUCACCGUCUUCCACGGUGGUAGGGACGAGCUGAUCCCCGUGGAGUGCAGCUACGGCGUCAAGAGAAAAGUGCCACGUGCCAGGAUCCACGUCGUCCCCGACAAAGACCACAUCACCAUUGUUGUUGGUAGGCAGAAGGAGUUCGCUCGUGAGCUUGAGCUUAUUUGGCGCAGAUCCACUACUCCUCAACUUCAUACAAUAAAUUAACCUCUUCUUUAUUCAAGUAUAUAUAUAUAUAUAUAUAUAAGAUAGCGUAUAAAGCCAAACCCCGACCACUAUUAUUCCAAUCAUCAUUUUAUUACACCCAUUUACAUUUGCAUUUCUCGGUGACUCCUAUGAAGAAAAAAAAACAUGUUUCUUUUGUGAUAGCUAUUUCAUCAUGAUUUUGAUAAUGAAAAGAAAAACAGAGUAGACAGUUUUGAGUUAUAAAGUGAGUUGCAAUAUGUGCGUCCACAUACAGAGGUAAAUUUUCUAAGCAAAACACACACACACGAAUAUGCUUUAACUAAAUAGAUGUCCGGAGCAUAAAACAUUGUGAUACAACAAAUUAUAGACGGAAA